CAACCCUGAUUGCUCAACCCCCGUCUCUUCUUUCUCGACCUUAUCAGACGAAACGAGUAAGCAACGCGAACCAUCAUAUCUCAUUAAGUUGGUAUGACAGCAUAUGUGGUUUCGUCCUCCUUACAUCUUCCUAUCAAACCCCUAAUUCAGCCGAUAAUACGUAGUAAUGGAACGCCCUACCCUUCAGGCCCCCAAGUCGGGUCGUUCACGUUUUUCAAAAGCGUUACCUGCCCCUCCGCCUGAGUUGGAGGACGAGAGGCCGCGGAUAGUUCCUCAAGAACCGUUACCUUCGGUUUUCUCGCCAUUUCCACCCAGGAAGGAUAGUGUUAGUGCCAGGAGCAUUAGUAGUCCAAAGUCAAGCUUCAACUCACUUCUUCCUGCGUUACCGGGGAAUAAUAUCAUGGGGGCCCCGAAGUUACAAACGCAGACGAGGUCGAUCCCAAGGAAGCCGGUAGGACUACCAGCAAAUCCAGCCCUGGCCCCAGCCCCAGCCCCAGCUGCAGAUGUUCAGACAAAGAAGAUGAGGCGGGUUUCUUCUAUAUCUAGUCUGCUGUCGGCAUAUUCGAACACAUCUUCCGAUUCUGUUCAGAGGUCGUCGCAAGGCAGUAUAUUCACAAAGGACAGCGAGCCAUCCAAUUCACCAGAGCGAGAAGGAAUAAACGAUGCCCAGCCGUCGUUAACAAAGACGCUGACGGCUCUUCAAAGUAACCCUUAUGGAGAUGAGAUGAUACCUGAUGUACCGCCGCCGCCGCUGCCAUUGAAGGACCCGCUCCGUCCGAGUAUGCCGUCUCAUACCCGGCCCGUAGACCCAUUUCCGGCAUUCCCUGUGUCCCGACCCGGUGUAUAUGAUGGAGGUCCGUCGGUGCCGGUGUCAGCGUCGCCGUCUGACCUUGUAGGUGACUCACCUCAGCCACGGGAGAUCUGGCGGCGACGUGCAUCAUCAAAAUCUGAUCAUGGCCUUCUCGUCCCAGAGCUCAAAUUAGCUGGUUCCCACGGAUCUACCGCAUCCACUGCACAACCAGUCAGCCUAGACCCUCUCCCGCCCCCACCGCCCACACAAAAUAAUAACACCAUUUCUCCAUUACCUCCUAGAGGUGCCUCACUACCCGGAAGAAAUAUUCGACCAGGAAAACCAAUAGAACCGCAACAAGACGACAAGAUGCGCAAACUUUCGGCAAAGCUCAAAGAGCUUACGGGCCGAGGCGAGGCUGCUAAAGGCCCCGUGAAAGUUAAAGAUGAGCCGGUCGAGAAGGCUGAGCACCUUAAGAAACUGGAGCCUAAGGUGCAGUAUGGGGAUAAGACUAGCAUAAAUCCUACGCCCCCUGUAAAAAACCAGAUUCUCGCCGAGGAAUCUGUGACACCAAAGAUUUCAGUCGAGACCGUAGUUUACGCGCCGAUUCGUCCCGGACCAUCGUCGGAGACCCCCUCAAAGGAGUCCGCCGAAACGACAAUUUCCCGCCGCGCGGUCGGAGCUCCUGCGCCCCCCUAUCAACCGGAAGUCCAUAAGAAGGGGAGCUCGACCGAUCUGAGACAACCGAGUCUUGGACUUCCACGAUAUCCACGACCAUCUCAAAGCAACUCUUCCCUGCGCUCUCCCUCAGCUCUUCAAAAUGCUCAGGAGCCAAUGAGAUAUAAAGCUUCACCGCAAUCAAGUCCGUCCGCUGCGAUGCCUUUAAUGUUGCCAUCGGAUUCAGUCGAACCCAUGAAGAAGCCUGAGCUCUUUAAUGUCGUAACGGCAUUAAACGAACCCACGUUGUCGCCAGACUCGAGUGGUCGCAAACCAAUGCGCAAGAUCUCAAGAGAUGUUGAUGCGAGCGCACUUAGUGAUAUUGGCGAGUCCGUGGAACAUAUGACUGCAGAGCAGAUAGCCCAAGUCAACGAGGCCCUCUCUCGUUUCCCUAGGAACUAUAACCUGACCACUCCUUCAGCCGAUACCGUCUGGCGAGCUGCUCCUAUAUCUUCGCGACAUUACAAUUGUUAUGUUCGCCACGAUAAAUGGGUACCAGUUAAGAACUUGAAUUACCCAUUGGCUUGUCAGACAUGUAGUGUUGAAGAUGCGGGCUCGCGUAAGACCUGCUCAUGGUGCAAUCUGCGCAUUUGCUUCGGGUGUCAUGAACGACUCAUGGGCAUUUAUAAGUCGGACCUUAAGUUACUGAUGGACAACAUGGAAGUUGACCAGCGCCGCGAGAAAGGGAAACAAGCAGCGAGCACUUAAUCUCCUGUCCACAUGACUACUCACCAACCAACCACAUACUCUUCUUCAAAUACUCUUUUUCAAAUACUCUUCUUCAGACCUGGGGUCAUAUUAUUAUUCUUCCAUCGAUGCUCAGGAUAUGUAUAGUACGGAAACUGGCCCUGAUGCUUGAGAAGCAUCAAUAAACAACGAAUGAUAUUAUUCGGUGAAUGCAAUGGCAUAUAGAUGAUGACGGCAAGGAAGGAAUUGCAUCAAGAAAUAGGCGUUUAUGGUACGAUGAUACCUCCCUUGCACUGGUAUAUAACGGGUACGACAAGAGCUUGGGCAGGGAAAGGCAAAAGGGAAAGGAUAUAAUGGAAUCCUGGCUAGAAGCCUCACGAUGAUACCAAUUGCAAUUAAGCUUAUGUAGAUGCAGAUGAAUACGAGUGGACAA